AUGACGACAGCACAUCGUCCAACGUGGUAUAAUGCCAUAGGAGGUGAUAAUCAAGGAGGGAAUCGAAAGGUUAGUCAGACACUCAAAGUCUGCAGUCGAGAUUUGCCAGGACACCUAAAAAUGAAAACAAGAGAUUUAAGUGACUAUGUAGAAGAUAAAAAUAUGAUUAAAAAUAAUUUAAUACAACUAGAAAAUAAAAACAAUAAAGAAAACGUUAAAGGUAAUAAAUUACUAGCCAUAGAAAAUAUAAAAAAAUUGACAAAUCAUGAUUUUAAAAAUCCAUUUCCAGAAGAUGAAGAUGAUGUUAUUGGAGAUGAAUGGACAAAAAAAUCUAAAAAGAAAAACAAAAAAAAUGAAAAAUUAAAAAUGAAGAAUAAAAGAAAUGUUAAAAAAAGGAAAGUCAAACAUGAUAUGUCGGAAGAUGAUAUGAGUGAUAAUAAUUUAAGUGAUAAUAACUCAAGUGAUAAUAAUGCAAGAGAUAAUAAUUCAAGUGAUAAUAACUCAAGUGAUAAUAACUCAAGUGAUAAUAACUCAAGUGAUAAUAACUCAAGUGAUAAUAAUUCAAGUGAUAAUAAUUCAAGUGAAGAUAACGAAUCUGAUGAAGAAGAAAAAGAACUACUAAGAGAACUUGAAAAUUUAAAAAGAGAAAGGAUGGAAAAACUUAAAAAAGAAAAAGAAGAACAAGAACUUUUAAAAAAAAAAAAAAAUAAUGUCCUAACUAAUAACCCAUUAAUUAAUUUAGAAGAUAGUAGUGAUAAUGAUGAAGUGAAUACAAAAAAAAGAAAAUGGACAGAUGAUGCUAUCUUUAGAAAUACUUGUGAGAAAAAAGAAAAAAAAACACCAUCAUAUAUUAAUGAUACUGUACGUAGUUCCUUUCACAAGAAGUUUUUAUUUAAAUAUAUUCAUUAG